CUGUUGUAAACUCGACUACCAGAAUGUCUUCAGACUUUGAAGCAUACGAGCAGGACUUUGGAACAAUUACCGCAGAAAUAACUAAUAAAAUUGGCCGAAUUCCCAAACUAAGUGGAGAGGAGAAGACACAGCUGGUUCUAAAUGUCGACAAACAGCUUGAAGAAGUCAGAGAGUUGCUGGAGCAGAUGGACCUGGAGGUGCGAGAGAUCCCCAUCCAAAGCAGAGCCAUGUACAACAGCAGGCUGAAGAGCUAUAAACAGGAGAUGGAAAAGCUUGAGAAAGACUUUAAAAGGUCACGCAUUGCCUACAGUGAUGAGGUGCGCAACGAGCUCCUGGGGGAUGAUGCCAGUUCUUCGGAGAGCCAGUUGGUAAAGUUGCGUGAAGAGAGAGCACAUCUGUUGGACAACACAGAGAAGCUGGAAAGGUCAUCACGGAGACUGGAGGCCGGCUACCAGAUAGCGGUAGAAACUGAACAAGUGGGGCAGGAGAUUCUUGCCAACCUGCACAGUGACCGUGAGAAGAUCCAGAGAGCUAGAGAAAGGCUGAGAGAAACAGACGCCAACCUGGGCAAGAGUUCCCGCAUCCUUACCGGCAUGCUGAGAAGGAUCAUCCAGAAUCGGGUCCUGGUCUUCAUCCUCGGAGCCAUCAUCCUCCUCACCAUCAUCCUGGCCAUCUAUUUUAAUGUGCGAGGCCACUGAUCUCCCCUGUACGCACAUGCAUAUAUAUACACACACACACACUCCCUCCCCCUAAACGCAAAUACACACACACUCUCUUGUGAUUAAUAGCGACAAAAGCGUUGUUCUGCUGUAAUUAGGACAAAUGGUCCCCAUGAAUCACUAUUUCCAAAGCCUGACAGCAAGCUUUUUUUUUUUUUUUUUUUACCAUUUCUCACUCCUUUUUUUUGUUUGCAGUUUCUUUCCCUUUUUUCUCCCGUUCUCCUUCUUCCCUUUUACUCUCUUUUUCUCUUUCACUUUCUUCUCCUUCCCCCCUCCUCCUCUGCCUGUCAGGCUCGUUCUUACAUCUCCAGGGACUAGAACGGGGUGAGAUGUUUUUAUAAUAGUUAAUAUUUUUCAUGGUGUCGUCCUCAGCGUGGUUUGCAACCUGGUCAUUUUUUUUCUUGUGUAACUUAAUGGAGGGCUUUUUUUGUAGUGUAGGUGGGUUUGGUGUUAUUCAGGGUGUGGGGAUGCAUGAAAGGCAGAGAGAAACCGAAGUUCUACACACAUCUGUGGGUUUGCACGUGUGCAUGCAUGAGUGACAGUCAUGGACGGGGGCCCGCACUGCGUUUCUUAUUGACACCAACAGUAGGCACACAUACUGUAUUAGCUUCUGUAACUAAAUGAUUCAGCUGUUCUUCUCCCCACCAAUCACCCUACCCCUGCACAGCUCAGAGGACAGUGCCUUCAGUUUAGAUAUGCUGUUCACACUCCUGCUUUAAAAGGCUCAGCAGAGCCCAAAAUAGACAAGUGGCGCUGCCUUGAAAAGAGAGGAUGCACGCAAAAAGGUUGAGGUUAGUUCAGCUUGUGUUCAUUGAAUCAAGGUGAAAGUAUUUUGGGUUGUUUGUUUUUUUUUCAUUAUUAGGAGGAAACUGGUUGCAGUUUUUGUUUUCAGGAGCAAAAAAGUGGUUAUUUUAGAGAAUUUAGAGAUUGAAGAAUAUUAAAUAAAAAUUGCUCUUUUAAUGGAUUUUAAUGCAAAAGAGACCUGACCUCAGCCUCCGUGAGUACAGCACAGAAACAAAGAGAAAUGCUUCAAAUGACAUUGUAACCACAUCUGGGACAUCACCCCUUCCCAAAUACAUACUACAUUAACUGAUUCCCAAAUAUAAGCGUCAUACUGUAUGUACUAACAUUGAAAUGGACAUCAUGUAUAGUGUUUUUGCUCUUACUAAGUGACUCUCUUGCUAUUUAUUUAUAAAUGUAGAGUUUCCAUUCAGAUUUCUGUGUUGGAAGUGUAUAUUUUUGUGAUGUUGAAAUUAUUCAGAAUUAACAUUAAUCACAUGUUUGUUUCUUCUUGAUUUGUGGUGGUUCUCUGAUGCAGACUGUACACCAGGACCAACUGAAAUAUGUGUAUUUCUAGUCUUUCAUCUUAAAGGCUUUUUUUUUUUCUUGAUUUCUUUCUUCUAUAAAUGGAUCUAGCUUGUUUAAAAAUUUGUACUUUUUGUUCUUUAUUUUCUAUGUAAUCUUCGGAGGUGUGAGAUGGGACCCUUGUUUCUGUGUUUGUGAUGAUGUGAUGCAUCUGCAGGUGUUUGAAAAAAAGGCGUGCUUGAGUUUACCGGCGUUUAAUUCUUCGGGGGGAAAGCCAUUCUUUGGGGACGGCGUUUGAAAAAUCUAAAUUUAAGAGCAUAUUUGGAUCAUUUUUAAUUUUAUUUUUGUUUGGAGGGGGGGGGGCUAAUGCUAAUGCAAGCCACAAGCUCGCACACGCAUGGAAACACACACUGGUGCGCGCGCGUAUGUCUCUUGUGGUUGGUGUUCCCAGUGAGGGCAUUUGCUAUUCUGUUUCAGGGUCAUAGUCUUCAUUUUUGAAGAUGCGGGGGAGUCCCCAUCCCACCAUCCCACCCCACCCUCCCCCACCCCGUGCUAUCGUCCACCAUUUCACAGGCCCUCACCAGCCGCGGCGCCGUGGUCUGCUUCAAAGCCUCAAAUUAAUGGCCAACAAAAUAGUGUGUCUCUGACCGUCCCAUGCGGGGCCGACCCACUAAGAGUUAUCAUUAAAGUGAAGCAAUAAUGAAAAAAACGAAGGAAGGAAGGAAAAAAGAAGAAGAAGAGCCGGGUAAGGAAGCGAACGAGGAAGCGCGGAGGUAGGGGGUGCUGAGGGGGGGGUUAAAUCCCAGGCAGUUUGACAACAAACCUCAUCUGGUAAUGACCCUCAGUGAUUGUGGUUUUACCCAGUCAGCGUGCACAGUGUGUGUCUGUGCGUGUCUGCAUGUUCAGCCUACCUAUGUGCUGAUGUGCUCUCUCUGUCUCUCCUGCCCCCCUCCCUCCUUCUCUCUACCUCUCCUGCCACCUUUUCCUCCUCCUCCCUGUCCUCCCCUCCCUUCCCUCCCCUCCCAGCCUGUCAGAUGAGCGGAGCGGUAGCUAGCGAGUGAGCGGUGGAAGGCAGCGUGGCGGCGGCUUCUAUUUGAAGUUGUAAUGGUGUCAAAAAGUCAGGGCUGACUGACAGACGUCAGUCCCACAGGGCCUCAUUAAAAACAGACCCACUUGACAAGGAAAUAAUUGAGCGCCGGCGACAACUCGGGGGCCCCUCCGCGUUUUUAGAUGUUUUUAUUUUCUUUUCAUUAUUAGCGUCGAGCUAUUAUGUUCAUUAAGAAAUGGCAUUAAAACAAGUUUUUUUCUUCUUCUUUUUUUUUUUAAAAUACGGGCGAGGGAGGGAGCAGGGAAGGAAGACAGGAUGCAUGGAGGUGGGAGAUAACGAUUUGUUUAGAGCCCCGGUUCUGUUUUAUUAUUUAAACAGGAGCGCUGUCAUGUGAUACCUUGGCAGACGUUGGCUAUCAUCUCUCCCUUCUUUCUCCUUUCCUCCCUCUCUUUCUUUCCCCCCCUCCUUCUCUCCUCUGUACUCAUCCCUUACUUUUCCCCAAGCUUUUAUCUUCCCCUCCUCGGUCCGUCUCCAUCUCUUUCUCCACCUGCUCUCUCUAUCCCCUUUUCUUUCUCUCCCCGUUGAGCGGCGGGUGUCAUUGGAAUAUGAACUAGAUUAUUCAUCAGUGCCCCCACCACCCACUACCACCCCACGCCCCACUACCACUCCCUCCAAUCGCUGAUUUGGUUUUCGACAAGCGUCUCACCGCAGAAGGCUGAGGAUGAAAACUUGUCAAAAAUAGGUUAUAUCUUAUUCCAAGGGGCAACAAUAGCAGCAGGUACAGACACCAUUUAAUAUUUAAUUUAGGCGGGUGGUAACCCUCCUUAAGUGACUGGAGCUGCGUCUUCCAUACAAACGCCAGGAGAAAAGGAGGGGUGGGUGAGCAAGAGGGGAGAGCAAUUAAUUAUUUGAUGUCUGAAAAGUGAUUUUUGAAGCUCUCGCUGCCUUCUCCUGUUUGCCAGGGGGGGAAAAAAGGGAUCGAGUCUUUGGGUGUCCCGGUUCGCUUUCCACACACGUUCCUUAUCUUGGUCGCCCCCCCGAGAGCCGAAACAUUUCCACUCGUAUCACGUUACAUCCACAUGAUAAUUGUUCAUAUAGUAAAAGGUUUUCAGUCUCUUUAUGUUAUCAGUGGAAAUUAUGAAAUCUUCUACCGCCACCAUCUUUGCGACAUCUCGCUAACGUUCCCAGUCAUUCCUAUCUUCACCGGUCCUCUCUAUCCUCUCUACGUGGUUUUACAUAGAAAUUAUAAAAGGAAGGUUCCUCAACAAGGAACCUGUGUGAUGCACCAACCAUUGCAAAAGCCCGAUGUUUGUCAGCCAUUUAAGACGACAAGGGAUUGUGACAAGCGUCGUUUGAGCUGCCUGUCCCCCCAGCGGAGGGCGGGCCUUAAACGGCACAAACAGCGCCAGUGGUGGGAUCGCAACAGGAGGGUGGGCGCUUCGUCUUCAGGAGUGUCCACGAUGCUGUCACCCACUGCACACGCAGACACAGACACACACAAACACACAUUCAUGUACAUUGAGAGAGGCCCAGCAAUAACAGCUAGCCAAGAAAAAGAAGAAUGGGGGGGGAAUCACAAUGGCACUGUUUGAGGAGUACAAUGAAUAUUCUUCUGUUUGAUUCAGCAGACGUGGACGCAUAUGCGCACGCACACACACUGCUGCACGUAUGAUCCCAAUAAAGACAGGCACACACGCUCUAGUGUGGAGCUGUUAGAAGAGGAGCCAUGGUCUCCAUUUGUACAUGCCACCAGUUCCAGCAGAAUGGCUUUCUUUCUCUCAUCAGCCCAUUAUCUAUCUGUUUUUUCGCCCCAUCAGCGCUGUCAACCGUUUUAUUAGUGUUUGUGCUCACAAUGAAAUGACAAAGGCCCCCAUUAUUUGAGGAAGUCGCAGGGGCCGCAGCCAUACAUGCAUGCACGGAUGUCCGUGUGCUCGUGGCCAGUGUUAAGAGGUGAUGCCGAAUCGUCCACAUGCGCAUGUAUCCGUCUCGAGUUAUCGCGUUCCCUUCAGUUCAGCCAAUUGAGACUCCGGGCUGAUCCUGACUUGUGAAGCUGACUUUUUUUUUGUGAUCUCUGUCAGUGUCUGUGUUUGACAUCUGUGAUUAAAGCGGCUCUGGAUCUUUGUAA